UGACCAUGACUAUAUUCACCCGUUGAUUUCGGUGUUUCGUUUCCAACACAAUUCAUUUGUUUAAUAGUUUUCAUACAUUACAACCACUUUGUGGUGAAGAAAUAUGGUACUAGUGAAAAGGACUCGAACUCAACAUUUAAAUCCCACUAAGUAGGCUUAUAUAUUGCAGUUGAUAAGAAAGUGUAAGCUUUACAAUUGAGAUCAUAAAGAAAGGAAGGAAGCAUGAGUAUAAUGAAGGUGAUGGUAGUUCUCUUGGUUCUCUUCAACUUCUAUUUUCCUGCAUCAUCUGCUCCUCUUGCAAGCAAUUUGAACUCAGGAAAUCCGUCGGAAAAAAUGACUGAGAAACAAAAAGGUGAAUCCAACGAUUCCAUAACUGGUGGUGAAGUUGGAACCGUAAAUCAGAGCAAAUUUGCUCAUGCCGGUGCAAGAGGUGGAGGUGGCGGAGGUGGUGGGCACUCGGCCGGAGGCGGCGGCAAGGGAGGUGGUGGACAGUCUUCCUCUUCUUCACGAGGAGGAGGCGCGGCGGUCAUACCUGUAUUUGCAGCUGGAGCUGCCGGUGCAGCUGGUCAACGCAACAAUCACCGUAGUGCUGCCGGUAUUUGUAGCCGCUGCCGGAAAGACAUGAUUCUGAUCGACGUAGCUACCACUUUAGCAUUAGUUUUACUGCGGAUCUCUGUGUAAAAUUCCACUACUAGUUCCUACGCGUUAGUGAAUAGAAGGGUAAAAUCGUAAAUUCUAGGAGGGCAUCUAUAUAUAUAUCUGUUUGGUCAGUUUGGACUGGAUGUUGUUAGGAUUAUGAUUCGUUUUUAUCGGAGAC